AUGAAAAAGUUUUGGUUCACGGAGGCCCAAGAACCAAGGAGUUACAUGAGCAAUCGAAAAGUGGAAUCAAAUCAGCAUGCGUUCAAUCAGGAACUAAAUGAAUACAAAACGAUUUUUUCCUGUAAUUUUCCCGAGUAUUUAAAAGCACCGACUGGUCCCGAAAGAUUGCUGAAAGAUUUCAAUUGCUCAGUUGACAAAUGUCGUUUCACAACCGACCCAGUGCACGUACCAAAAGCCGAUCUGGUUAUAUUUUACGAACGUUAUGUGCGCUUAAAUUACACUCGGCCACCAAAUCAAAUUUACGCAAUAUUCCAUCUAGAAAGUCCAUUUCAUACCGCUAGAAUGCCUUAUCCAGAUGUAUUCAACUGGACCAUAACGUACAGAUAUGACAGCACCAUUCCGUCUCCUUACAGUAAAUGGAUGUAUUUCCAUCCGGAUGUCAAGCAAAAAGAACAACUUCACAACUAUGCAGCGAAUAAAACGAAAAUGGUCGCUUGGUUUGUUUCCAACUGCAACGAUAAAAACGGUCGACUCAAAUAUGCACAUGAUUUGCAGGAACAUGUUGGGGUCGAUAUCUAUGGCAGUUGUGGAAACUUGACUUGUUUGCGUGAAAACGAAGACCAAUGCUUUGACAUGCUUGACAAGGACUACAAAUUCUAUUUGGCCUUCGAGAACUCAAACUGCAAGGAGUACAUCACGGAGAAGCUGUUCCGGAACGCACUGCAACAUAAUGUGUUACCAAUCGUGAUGGGAGCGCCGCCAAAAGACUAUGAAAAAUAUGCUCCGCAACGAUCGUACAUUCACGUCGAUGAUUUCGAGUCGCCGAUGAAACUGGCCGAAUAUUUGCAUGAAUUGAAUGGAAACGACGACAUGUACAAUGCGUAUUUUCAAUGGAAAGGCACUGGGGAAUUUGCUAAGCUCAAUCAUUUAUGUGAUGCAUGUGCUAUGUUGCAUAAUGGUGAUCGCAUGUCGACUCCUAAAUGGUUUGAAGAUGUGAAUAAGUGGUGGAAUGCACCAGGAAUUUGCACAAGGCACUCAUGGCGAUGUUAAUUCUCAAAAUAAAAAUUA